GAGAACUUCAAUUUGCUCUUCUGAAUCCAUUUUCAUUUCAGGAGACGAGGUCUUCGGAGGGGAUCAGUCUCUGGGGCACAUCUAGAUGUCUUGGUCUCCGCUGACAUUUCAGGGCAGUCGAGUUCGUCUCUAGGUGCUCAUCCAUCAUCUGAUCUGAAUACAGUCUGGAUCUGGGUGGCUAAGAGUCAUCAUAUUGUGCUUCACCAAUAUCCUGGUGAUUUAAAAUCAAGCAACAUGGUUCCAGGAGAAGCACAGUCUCCACUAAAAAUAACGAUAACAUUGACAAUUGCAAUAGUUGCAGUAGUAGUAGGAAUGGCAGGAACAACAAUAGCUGAAGCAGCAGUAGGAGCAGCAGUAGGAGCAGCAACUGGAGUUGUCAUUUUACAAUCGCUAUGGGGACCAGAAGCAUGUAGCACAGGAGCUGUAGCAGUAACAGCAAUGAUAGUAACAGCAGUAGCAGGAGGCCUAGCAGGAACAGCAGCUGGAAUAUUGCAAUUACUGGCAGGAGCAGAAUCACUAACAGGAUCAGCAGUAAUUGGAGUGUUGGCAGGAGCUGCAAUAGUGGUAAUAGCAAAAGCACAAUUGCAAUGGGUAAUAAAUACAAUACAGUGGGCAAUAGUCAAACUUCAGUGGGCAACUGCCCUAGUGAAAAGAGCAACACCAGAUGUUCAGUAUGGUAUACAAGUAACAAAAGAUGUAUUACCCACAACAACAGUAACUGUAGAUUCAGGAGCAUCCACAGUAGCAGCUGCAGCACCAGAAGGAGAAACAUUGGUAGAAUCUGCAACAUCAGGUCCAGCAGUAUCAGCAAGAGCAAUUAAAAUAAACAGUGAAUUAAUGGCAGGAACACUAGGACUUGUGGCAGGAGCAAAAACAGAAAAAUGUGGUUCACAAGGGUGCAGACAAUUACAGACAGAAGCAUCAGGUAUGAGGGACAAAUCAACAGAAAUGCCAUGGACUGAAAUGACAACAGAGGGAGAGCAAUCAUCUAUAAUUCCAGAUUCAUCUGAAGACACAGAAAAGGGAAUAACAAAAAUCAGAAUCCCUGAGCAAACACCUGAAGACUGUGAAUCAAUUCACUCAGUGAAGCAGAGAAGUAGGCGGUUUCGGACGCAGCCACUGUCAUGGAGCUGCAUCAGCUGCUAUUUUUGGUGAGAUCAUCUGUCAGAAACAUAAACAGCCUGUUGAGCAGAGUGUCUACAAGAAGACUGCCAGAGAUCUAACAGGUGAAAUGAGAUCAAACUGUGAAUCAUUGAAUGGAAACAGAUAAAAUAUGGAGAACCAUCCUAAAGACAAAGGCAGAAAAAGACAAUCUAUAAAUCCCUGGAGGAACAAUUCCACUCAUUCUAUGCUAUAGGAGAGAAAGAAUUACAUAAACUUGUUAAAUCAUCUAAACCAAUAAAAUGUAUGUUAGACCCUAUACCAUCUAAACUACCAAAAGUGGUGCUUCCAGAAGUCAUAGAUCCUCUUCUGAAUAUUAUUAAUCUGUCAUUGUCAUUAGAAUAUGUUCCAAAAACCUUGCCUGUUAUGUCAUUAAAAAACAACUUGAUCCUAGACUGAUCUCAAACCUCCCUCUUCUGUG